AUGCGUUUCCUUUGCCUUCACGGUCAUGGGACCAACUCGCAAAUUCUCAAGGCACAGCUUGAUCCGCUUCUUGCUCGCCUCCCAUCAGACUGGGAAUUUGAAUUUCUGGAUGGUGAAAUGAAUGCGGAGCCUGCCCCUGGAGUUGAAUCAAUCUUUCCAGGCCCUUUCCUAUGUUUCCAUGGCGAGCCCGUCCCUGAUGACGUGCAGCGCGCAGUUGACUUAGUCAAGGAGGUCGUACUUGAAGAAGGACCCUUUGAUGGAGUCAUUGGAUUUUCGCAAGGAGCAGCAGUGGCAGCUACCGUCAUUGCUCAUGAAGCUAAAUUGAACCCCCAUCAGGAGCUCUUCAAAGUCGCCAUCUUUCUGUCCGCCACAGGGCCGUUUGACCUCUCUGCUGGAAGGCUGCGUCUAUCAUACGAAGGCACUGUUGAUGAUAUUAAAAUUGACCGUUAUGAUGCCCUGGAAGGCGGGUCUCUGGUUCCUGAUGAUGGCACUGAUUGGAAGACUGACUACCGGUCAAUUGGUGUCAUUCAAGAGUUCCAGGCAAGAAGAACCCAUUUGAGCGAUUUGGGGCAGCAGAGUAUCGACGUCCUGCUUCGCUACCAUUCUUCCGUUCAUGGUGUGCUUAUCAACAUUCCCACUGUCCACGUGGUUGGGUUUAAAGACGAUUAUGCGAAUCAGGGACGGGAUCUAGCAGCCAUUUGUGACCCUAAGAUCUCGCAGGUUGUGACUCACGAUGGCGGCCAUCAAUUACCCAGGGACUUACGGACGGUUACCAAAACUGCGGAAGCCAUACAAUGGGCCGUGGAUCGCAUGCUCUUCCACAACUAG